AUGACCACUCUGAGGAAGGCACAAACUUUCCACGCAGAGUACCAGAACACGAAAAAUGAUGAAGAACAGAGUAUUUUGAACCUCAACAGUGAAAGAAUCAGAGAACAGAGAAGCACCUUCUGGAAGCCCCCCCAACAUGAUACAAUCAAAAUUAACACAGAUGCAGGGUGGGAUCGGGAGGGACAGAGCCAGAGUAUUGCAGUUAUCGCAGGGGAUGAUCAAGGACAACCUCUCUCUAGGACUGCAAAAUGCAUCAAUGCUUCAUCCCCUCUGGUUGCAGAAGCCUUAGCUCUCCGCGAAGCAGCGCUCCUUGCCCACAACCUUCAUUGGACACAUGUUAUUUUUGAAUCAGACAAUCAGAUGUUAAUUGAGGCCUGCAAAGGAAAGAAUAGAAUUGGGAUCAUCUACAAUAUUCUCAUGGACAUCAAGGAACUGACCAAGAAUCUCCAAUUCAUGAGCUUCAGCUGGACUCCCAGGCGGUGCAACGAGACGGCCCAUAAUAUUGCUGACCUCUGUAAAAGAAGGCUUCUGCCCCCCAACUGGCUACUCCAACCUCCACCUUCAGUAAGAAGAGCUCUAGUCCAAGAUGCCAUGAGAGCUUGGGAGAAUGGUCACAAUUGA